ACUUCUUUCCAUGUGUCAAAACGGGCUUUUUACGACACCUCCUCUCAACUCACUUUGUGUCAGAUGAAGCAAAAUCGUUUGGUACAGCAGAUUGACACUACCAAAACAGAAGCGACAGUCCUUUAUUUUCCAGUGCAAAUAGCUGUGCGGUGAACACUUUCGUCGUCGAAGUUCGCCAUAUCGUUGUUCGAAUUAGCCUUGGCUAAAUUGGCCACCACUCUCAGUUGUAUUUUCCAGCUUAAAAAAUAGCAGCGAGAAUAAUCAGCAAAUAUCUGAGCGAGCUAGAAGCGUACCAAAAUGGAAGCGAACGGCGAGCCAGUCGCCGUGGAUACGCAACCGAACGAUGAUGGGCCGAAGAACACCAACACGAACGAUGCGACCGUUGAUGCGAACGUUCCGGCUAAGUUAUCGGACGAAACAAACGGCGACGAGAUUCAACCGGAUGAUACAGACGGCAACAAGCAGCCCAAUGCGGAUGUUGAAGCGAAAAUAAAUUCACCCGGUGGAAUGCGCAGCCGUAGCGGUUCCCGUAACAGUCACACAUCGCAACAAGACCAGCGUCGACGUGAUCGCAGCGGAUCGCAAGUUAGCGAAACUCGAUCACGAAAGAGCCGCAGCACUUCACGCCAGAGCCGUCGUCGGUCACGUUCGCAGGCCCGCAGCUCGUCGAGCGUUAGUCGCAGCCGUAGCCGCUCCGGUAGUCGCUUGUCGCGUCGCAGCAGUACUCAUCGGCGCGUCCGUACACCUUCCCGGUCGCGGUCCCGAUCCGGUUCACGAUCUCGUUCACGGUCCCGAUCACGCUCCCGCUCUCGUUCCCGGUCCCGUUCGCAAUCACGGUCUCAAUCACGCUCACGCUCACGUUCCGGUUCUGGUGGCUCACGGUCGCGUUCUCGUUCCCGUUCCGGAUCCGGUUCUCGCUCACGUUCCCGCUCAGGAUCCGGUUCCCGCUCACGUUCGAGGUCCCGGUCUCGUUCCCGUGCCCGCUCACGCUCCGGCUCCGCCUCUAGCUCCCGCUCGCGUUCCUCGAAGUCCAAAUCCGGCAGCCGAAGCGUUAGUCGAAGCGUUAGCCGUAGCGUGAGUCGCAGCGUUAGCCGUAGUCGAAGCCAAAGUCGUGGCAGCUCGCGCUCAGUAUCCCGAAGCAAGAGCCCGUCCAUGGCGGCUGGUGGCGGAAUUGGCAGUGAUGGAGAAGACGCAGCUGGACCGAGCACCUCCGGUGGUGGAAAACACAUCAAGCAACCGAAGCGUAUCAUUGAUUCGGAUGAUGAAGAUAAUGAGGAGGAAGCCGGACCCGGAGAUGAACCUAAGCAGCAAGACGAUCAAGAUGAGGCCGGUUCUGCUGCGGAAGAUGGCGAAGAGACCGCGCACAAGGCUAGCAAACAGGCGAUCAUUGAUUCGGACGAUGAAGGCAUCAAGGACGAUGGUUCAGAAAGGGGCCAAUUUAUGUCGGACUUUGACAUAAUGAUGGCGCGCAAGAAGGAGGAAAAGUCCCGGCGCCGUAAACGGAACGAUAUUGAUUUGAUCAACGACAAUGAUGAUUUGAUUGCACAGUUGCUACAGCAGAUGCGUCAGGCGGCGGAACAGGACCGUCAGCUGAAUCUGGAAUCCAAACCGGCCACGAAGAAAAUCGCAAUUUUAAAACAUGUGAUGUCGCAGCUUAUCAAGAAAGAUUUGCAACUGGCGUUCCUCGAGCACAACGUGCUGAAUGUGUUGACCGACUGGAUCGCGCCACUGCCUAAUAAAGCGCUUCCGUGUCUGCAGAUUCGCGAGAGCAUCUUAAAGCUGCUGUCAGAUUUUCCCACUAUCGACAAGUCCUACCUGAAACAGUCCGGUAUCGGUAAGGCGGUUAUGUAUCUGUACAAACACCCAAACGAAACGAAAGGUAACCGUGAACGGGCCGGCCGACUGAUAAACGACUGGUCGCGGCCAAUCUUCAACCUUAGCACCGACUUUAAGGCAAUGUCGCGCGAAGAACGUCAGCAGCGUGACCUGCUGCAAAUGCCACGCAAGCGCAAACCAUCACCAGAUUCGUCCGCUUCGGCCACCAAGAACCAGAAGGGGCUGCCAUUUACCGAAGCGGAAAAAGGAGCACUACGGCCGGGUGAUAAAGGUUGGGUUCAGCGCGCUAGGGUACCGAUGCCAUCCGACAAAGAGUACAUCGUACGACCGAAAUCAAAAAUCGAUGUGGAUAUGAGCAGUAUUGCAAAGAAGAAGUUGAACCGAUAUGAAAAACAUUUGAAGAAAUUUAUCGACCAAAAGAGACUGAACUCUACGCGCCGUGCAGUAGACAUUUCCAUCGAGGGACGUAAAAUGGCACUCUAGGCUAAAUAAUGGUUUGAGGGGCGCAUGUGUGUGUAUGCGGACGAGUUGCUUGAAUAUCGAAAAAUGAUGCGAUGCUCGGUUAUACUUUAAUUUAACCUACUUUCAACAUUAUUUUCCGAGAGCUGCACACUUUUAAUUGCAUAACGAUUUAAAAUUAUCAAAUGUAUCUAUUCGGUCUGCACUGCGUUACGACGCAUGUCAAAUUAUACAACUUAAAAAUUUAAUUAGGAAAAUUCAUCGUAAUCAGGGCAAAAACAUCUCAACAGCUAUUUUAACUCUUUGCGUUCGAAAAAAAAGCGGCGGUAUGCGCAAAUUCGCGGUACAGGAAUAAACUCCGUAGCAUCGUCGAGAUGUUGUUUAUAAUGCCUAUAAAGCCUAAAGUGUGUGUUGAUAUGUUUGAAGGGCAGCUCCAAGCAGACUUGUGGCUCGGAUCCUUUUUUAUUUUGCCUCGUCAGCUGCCUCAAGUAGACUCGUACUAGGGACCCUUUGAAAGCGGCAUAGUUUUUCGAAAUUGAAAAGAUAGACCUAAGAUCAACACCGCCUGCUGUUUUUACAAAACAUUUUUAAGGAUGUAUUAACGAGUCCUCGGUCACGAGGUAGUAAGGGCCUUGGCGACCUGUAAUAUCCUUUUUUCCUGUGAAAAUUGUCACAGGACACUUAACUCCUAUCAACUUCUAGCAAUGCUGAUAUGUAUUGACGAGUCCUCGGUCACGAGUUAGUAUGGCCUUGGCGACUUGUGAUACCCCCUAUUUCCUGCGAAAAAUGUCACAGGAUACAUAACUGCAUUCAACUUCUUGCUAGUCUGAUAUGGUAGGGACUUCCAAUAUAUCAUAUAUAUUAUAUGAUAUGGUUAUGACUCCGGUCUUCACACGGCAGUACCGGGGCAAAAAUGGCUGCCCGAGACCCUUCGAGGUCGUAGUGCCAAGAAAGAAGAAGAAGAAGGACUCCAACAUCCAUUCCGCCCUGGGGUGAUCAUUAGACAUGCUCGCUACUGUACGUUCUUGUCUUUGCCUACCAUAGCUGGCUUCCUUACAUUGAUUGUAUCCAAAAGCCUGUCUCAAACACAAUCUGUGAACAACUCUCAAUCGAGCGCUAAAAGAGUUUUUUUUUUUUGGUUUUCGAUCUUAACCUCCCAAUCUGGCUUGUAAUCCAAUUAUCAUUUAAAGCGACAAUAAAGAGAGAGAAAAAACGUAAAAA